UUUUCCUGGUGCGCUGUUAGCAACCACAGUGGAGCUAGUGACUCGUGUAGCAUUAUCAGGGUGCUGGAUGGACUAUAUAGCUGCUCGUAGCUUUCACAAACAACAGCCCUGCCGUCGUUUUACAGACUAAACAUGUUAAUGUCAUUUUGACCAAAGGAAGAGUCAAUAAUCCUGCCAGUUAUUCGGGACUUUUUGGAUAACCUUCACUUGUGUGGAUACGAGGCGGUUGCACAAGUCAUUAGACUACCGCUGGAUUAAAGGUGGCAUUUAUUAAAGAUCUAAAUGGAUAAAAAAGCACGAAGAGUCCGGAAUGAGGAUAUUAACCCGUGCAUUGAGGAAAGUGAUGCCUCCCAGAAGUGUUUAGAUGCCUACAACUAUGAUAAAAGCAUGUGUUCAGCCUAUUUCCAGAGAUAUAAGAACUGUAGAAAAUAUUGGCAUACCAUAAUGGUGCAGAGGAGAAGAGAUGGUGUGAGACCUGAUAUGCCCACUGCUGAAGAGAGGCUGGAGAUCCUCGCUGCUAUUGGAGGCAAACCGUACUGAGAGUGCUCAUAUGGACACUGUGAAGACCAGUGGGCCCAGGAGCUUUAUUCACAGCCAGUAUGUUGUGGUGAUGUUAAUGCACUGCAGUGGACCUAUACGGUGCUACGGAAACCCACUUGUUCACGCUGAGGUUGAGUGGAAUUGACUAUUUAUAACUGAUUGUUAUACAAUAAAAUGGAAAUGGAGGAAAGUCAAAGAAAGACUAAAUGUAAGAUGGAUUACUUAUUUUGGUUUGGUGACACUGUGACUGAUAGGUUAUAGGAAUAUAACUGAAAUGCUACUGAAGUAUUAUUUUAGUUUUUGUUCUAAAGAAAAUGCGUCCUUCUUCAGUGUUUUGAUUCGUUAUGGAAUUACAGAACCAUUUUAAGAGUUAGUGGUAUUACAAAACCAAAACCAGUAAUACUCAGGGUACAACUGCUGAAUAAAGUAUACAUAUGCAUAAA